GGAUGAGUCAGCUCCACCACCGGCGCCGUGUGACCCCUCAGCUGUUCGGGGACGGAGCGAGCCUGCAGAGAUCUGAACACACCGAGGAGCUGAACUCUCCGUUAACGAUCUGCCCACGCUGCCACGAUGCUCAGUCACACCGAGAUUUCCGCCUGUUUGACAUCACCACCGCUCCCCUGACGCUCUGCAACUUUUCACAUCGCUUCCUUCCUUCCGUCUUUUCCUCCUCUCGGCUCUGAGGUGUGAGAAAGAUUAGUGUCGACGAGCUCCCGGCGAUCACUCGGUGUCCGUGCGCAGUAAUGCUCGGAGCUCCGGGGCUGGAGGCUGGAGAGCGGCUCUGAACGGUGCGCGUCUUUCUUGGCCACAUCUCUGCUCAGCUCUGACUGCCUGAUCUUUGUUUGCGAUGUCUGCAAGAAAGACAUCACUGACGGACAAGCCGAGCAGAAACGGAACCUCUAAAUAUGUGCUGGAGAGAUGCGCCAGCAUCAACGAGUAUUAUGAUAUUGCCUUCAAGGUGAUGCUCCUGGGAGACUCAGCCGUGGGGAAGACGUGCAUCUUGGUGCGAUUUAAAGACGGAGCGUUUCUGGGAGGAAACUUUAUAGCCACCGUUGGAAUAGACUUUAGGAAUAAAGUGGUCGACGUGGACAACCUCAAGGUCAAGCUCCAGAUCUGGGAUACAGCCGGCCAGGAGAGAUUCCGCAGCGUAACGCACGCCUACUACAGAGACGCCCAGGCGUUACUGCUGCUCUAUGACAUCACCAGCAAGCCAUCGUUCGACAACAUCAGGGCCUGGCUCACUGAGAUACACGAGUAUGCCCAGAAGGAUGUGGUCAUCAUGUUGCUCGGCAACAAGGCCGACAUGGCUGCAGAGCGUGUAGUGAAGACAGAGGACGGAGAGAAGCUGGCCAAGGAAUAUGGAGUACCGUUCAUGGAGACCAGCGCUAAGACUGGAGUUAAUGUGGAGCUCGCCUUCCAUGCCAUCGCAAAGGAGCUGAAGCACCGCGCCACACAGCAGCCCAACGAGCCCAAGUUCCAGAUCCACGACUACAUCGAGUCUCAGAAGCAGAAGUCGGGCUGCUGUGGCAUGUAGCCGAGAAAAAAGAGACAGAAACAGAGAAAGAAGCAGAGAAAGAGAGGGAAGGGGAGGUAAAACGUCUGCUCUCGUAACAAAAGCCAAUCCCAGCAACACCAAACCUGAGAAGCAGACGCCCUCAGCUUCUCCUCCGAGCUCUGAGCUCAGUCCGGAUUGGCCGCCAUCCCUAAUCUGAAAUGUGAAUCGAUCAAUCUCUUUUAUGUCAUGUGUAGAAAUGUUUGUGGUCUUAGUGGUGACAGUUGUUUCCAAUUAAAGUCAGGAGUUACGAUCUGAAAUGCUAUAUCCAUCUGCAGGGACAAAACUACAACAAUCAUCCAUCUUCUUAAUUUGCAAGGCUGCAAACUGGAAGCAGACAUGUUGGACUAAAGGAGCAUCUGCAAGAUCAGAGUCUGCUUGAACCUUUCUCCUAAACAUAUCUGUAAAUUUCAACAAGUUUAGAGUGAAAGGAGGGAAUUAUCAGACCACCGAUUAGAGCAGAAGAAAAGCUGUUUUCACACAUGCACCAGUGUUAAUAUUGACAGCUAUUUUCAAUGUUGGUCUUAAGAUGAAAUGUAUUUUAGUUUAAGUCCCAUUUUAGUCAUUUCUAUCCCUCUCAGUUUUAGUCUAGUUUUAGUCCAUAAAAGUCCUCACAUUUUAGUCUUUACUUUUUGUCCAAGCAUUUAUUUUCUUGCCUAAAUCUGGUACCAGAUCACAGAAGUGUGUUCCCUGCACUCUGUCUAAGCUGGGGUCCCUGCUUUCUACAGCUGAGAAGAAGAACAGAUACAGAUUCAUUGUUUUUUGACAGGUAUACCCACAGUGGAGAAAUAUCACAGAUUUUGAAUAUCCAACAAAAACUAAAUUAC